CCGGGAUCAAAUUAAGCACCCCUAGGGUAAAUACGAAGGAACACAUAUACUAGUCCCCUCGCAAAUUUAUUUACAAUGGCGGUGAGAGGUUGUGACCCGAAUUUCUCUUAAAUGUUAAAUAUACAAACGUUCAUGCACAUCUAGGAAGAUGUCUUUUAUUUGGGGGAACUGAUUACAUAGCCGAAGAAGAAGACCGUACUAUAAAAGAAGAUUUUAAGCUCAGUCUCUUCAUACACUCUCCAAUUGUCUUACCAACAUGAAGUAUAUCGUGGUGAUAACCACAACUCUUUUGGCUUUUGCCCAUGGUAAGCCACAGUACAACUACCCAGCACCGCAGCGACCACAAACACCAAGUGGUAGCUAUGGUGUACCGGGAGGAAGUACAGGAGGUGGCUUCAUUGGAGGAUCCACUGGAGGUGGAUUCAUAGGAGGUUCAAUUGGAGGUGGUAGCAUUGGAGGUGGUAGCUUUGGAGGAGGAAGCAUCGGUGGGGGAAGUUUCGGAGGUGGCAGCACCGGCGGAGGUUUCAUCAGUGGAGGAGGUUCGUUCGGUGGUGGCAGCAUUGGAGGUGGUCUCAUCGGCGGAGGAGGUUCCAUCGGUGGAGGAAGCAUUGGAGGUGGAUCCAUUGGAGGAGGUUCCAUUGGAGGAGGCGCCAUUGGAGGUGGCGGCGUCCUCGUGCAAAAACACAUUUACGUCCACGUAGCCCCACCAGAGCCUGAGGAAUUCAGACCACAAAGGCCAAUUUCUGUUGGACAAGCCACCAAACACUACAAGAUUAUCUUCAUCAAGGCACCAACUCCACCCACUCCAACCGCUGCAUCCAUCGCCCUCCAACAACAGAACGAGGAGAAGACCCUUGUAUACGUCUUGGUCAAGAAACCAGAAGAAGCUCCAGAAAUCAGCAUCCCAACUGCCGCCCCAACCCAACCCUCAAAACCAGAAGUAUACUUCAUCCGUUACAAGACCCAGAAGGAAACCACUGGAGGUGGUGCUAUUGGCGGUGGUUCAAUUGGAGGUGGUUCAAUUGGAGGUGGUUCCAUCGGAGGAGGCUCGAUUGGAGGUGGUUCAAUUGGAGGAGGCUCGAUUGGAGGUGGUUCAAUUGGUGGAGGUUCCAUUGGAGGUGGCAUAAUUGGAGGAGGAUCUAUUGGAGGAGGCUCUAUUGGAGGUGGCUCAAUAGGCAUCUCGACAGGAAGUGGAAGUAUUGGUGGUGGCAGACCAUCGACGAGUUAUGGACCACCUGGACACAGCGGACCUUACUAGGAUGAGAUUUUGUGAAUUUAUAGCCUAUUGUAAAUAAACCCACAGAUGUAUAUUUUUAUACGUAAUAUUGACUAGAUGCAUAAGAAAAUUUAUGGUGACAAAUGAUAUUAAAUUCGUAUUUUUUCA